AUGGUCAAAGUGCUUCUUGCCACUGCUCUCCUCGUCUCUGCGACGCAGGCGGCUCCCUACUACAACACCAACAACUACGACGGUCCCCGCUAUUCUCCCUGCAAGUACCAGUCCUACCAAGACAAAACUUGGUACGACAACAACGGUGUUGCGUAUGGGUGGGAUACUUACGCCAACAAGGCUUGUCUCGCCAAAGACUACAAGAAGAACGACUAUGGUUACAAGAACUAUGGCGGAGACGAUUAUGGAAAGAAAUAUGGUGGAAACGACUAUGGAAACUGGAAGAAGGACGACUGGAAGAAGGACGACUGGAAGAAGGACGAAUGGAAGAAGGACUACGGAUACAAGCAGAACGACUAUGGUUCCAAGCAAAACAACUACGAAACCAGCAAGGGCUAUGGUUGGAACAAGGAUGACUCGAAGUACGGCCAUGGUACACCAAAAUACUUCGCAGCCACCAGCUACCAGCCACCCGCUGGCCAAUCUUAUCAAUCCGACUAUAAAAAGGAGGAUUACAAGGGCGAGUACAAGCCUGAGGAAUCCUACAAGAACAAGGGCGAGUACAAGCCUGAGGAAUCCUACAAGAACAAGGGCGAGAACAAGCCUGAGGAAUCCUACAAGAACAAGGGCGAGUACAAGCCUGAGGAAUCCUACAAGAACAAGGGCGAGUACAAGCCUGAGGAAUCCUACAACAAGCCUUCUUCGUACGACGGACCCAAAUGCGAUGCAAAAUACAGGGAUGACUCCUAUCAUGAAUGUCGUCAAACCUUCGAUUGGGUCAAGGAACACUAUUGCAAGGGUCCCGCUUCCACCGCGCAUGGCCGGUGCAUUGACGAAGUAGUCACCUCCUUCGAUAAGUGUAUCUCUGCUGUUGACCGCCACCAGGGUUACUGCUGGAAGCCCGACUUUUGGCAACAAAGCUCGUACGGCUCUGGGUCUUCCUACAAGGCCGCCAGCUCGUACGGCGACCAAAGCGAGUAUGGUCAGCAACAAGGCUCCUACGGUCAGAAAGAAAACUACGGUCAGAAAGAAAACUACGGUCAGAAAGAGAACUACGGUCAGAAAGAGAACUCCUACUCCGGCAAAGACUACUCCUACUCUGGCAAGGAAUAUUCGUGCCCCUCGGCCCGCGAGUACUUUGACCGAACCGGGUCUCCUACGUUGAAGCAAUGCGCAUCGAUCGUUUGCGCCCCUGGUCAGACGAAGGAAUAUAUCAAUCGCGGGCUCUACCAAUGCUAUCAACUCGAAGAACAGGCGAAGUUGACCAACGGCGGAAAGCUUCCUUACGGGUGGUAG